UUCAUUACAAUGAAAACAGAUUGAUGUGUGUGACUGUCACUGUAAGAAUAGAACAGUAAUAGAAAUAGAAACAUCGAAAUAAACAUAAACAUCUGAAGAUGACAGUUAAAUUAAAGACAGUUCCGUGUUUUGUAGCACAAUUAUAAUUAUUCGUUCGUUAACCAUGGAAUGAAUCCAAAACAUUUUUGUGCAAAAUGGAUAGUUGUUUUCGAAUUAGUGAAGAAGGGUCACUCCAUGUACGGAUGACCAAAUAAUCAGUGCGAUCUCCAAUAAGAACAGUGCAGAACAUUAGUGAUGGUUCGAAAACGUGCGACAAUCUCUUGGAUACGUAUAUUGGUGUGUAUAUUUUUCGUAGCAUUUUUAUGGAUACAAUUACACGUAUUUAAUUUGGGUAAUAAUUCAUCAAAUUAUUCGCACAAUGGUAAUGCUGAAAAUUAUUCAAACGCAUUCAUAUUUAGUAUGGUGCCAUCUGUUCUACAUAAAUUCUUAACAUCGAAACCAAGUAUAAACGGUUCUGGAAUCGCACAGUAUGCCAAUUUAAAUAUAUCAGAGAUUAGAAGACACAUCGCACAUUACAACGAUAUGCAAUUAGUUUAUAAUGAAGAUCUGUUUGGUCCAUUACAGAACGAUUCUGUAAUCAUUGUGAUUCAGGUACAUACACGCACAACAUAUUUGCGUCAUUUAAUUGUAAGUUUAGCUCAAGUGCGUGGAAUUGAAAAAGCGUUAAUCGUAUUUUCACAUGACUUUUAUAAUUUGGAAAUUAUUGAACUAGUCCAAAGCAUAGAUUUUUGUAAAGUUAUGCAAAUCUUUUAUCCAUAUUCAAUACAAACACAUCCACAUGAGUUCCCUGGCGAAGAUCCCGAAGAUUGUCCACGUGAUAUUAAACAAGAACAGGCUAUGAUACUUAAUUGUAAGAAUGCGUUGUAUCCAGAUUUGUAUGGACAUUAUCGAGAGGCGAAGUUUACCCAAACGAAACAUCAUUGGUGGUGGAAAGCGAAUCGUGUCUUUAAUCAGUUAGAAAUCACGAGAUAUCAUACCGGUAUGGUAGUAUUUUUGGAGGAAGAUCAUUAUGUUGCCGAAGAUUUUAUCCACGUGUUACAACUAAUGGAAAAGACUGGUAAACAACGGUGUGCCAAAUGUAACAUCAUCUCAUUGGGAACAUAUUUAAAAACUUACAACUAUUAUGGGGAUGCAAAAAAGGUGGAAGUUACACCAUGGAUCAGUUCCAAACAUAACAUGGGUAUGGCUUUUAAUCGUUCCACAUGGUCCGAGAUUGGAAAAUGUGCACGAUAUUUUUGUAAAUACGAUGAUUAUAAUUGGGAUUGGUCGUUGCAACAUAUUUCCCAAAGUUGUUUAGUCUCCAAAUUACAUGCAAUGGUUGUUCGAGGUCCUAGAGUCUUUCAUAUUGGUGAAUGUGGCGUUCAUCACAAGAAAAAGAAUUGUGAAUCAACGGCAGUGAUUUCGAAGGUACAACAAGUGUUGAAGGCAGCUAGUCGACAUCUAUAUCCAAAUCAUUUAGUUUUAACGUUCACAACCAACACGAAAAAAACAAAGUUACGUAAAGGAAACGGUGGUUGGGGGGAUAAACGUGAUCAUAUGUUGUGCAUGAACAUGACAUUUGAAGGGAGGUAAAACUCAAAAUAAUCCACAUUCGACAUCGACAUAAACAUAUUCAUCUUUUUUUUUUUGCAUUUUACGCCCCAAAAUUUGACGCACAAACCCAUUUCAACAACAACAAAAACCAUAUUUUAUUAUUUAUUUUAUAUAUGAACGUAAUUAGUGAACUCCUAGUGAUUACUUUCCAUUUUAUCUCUAUAUACCUACAGAUACAGCUGUACAAGGUGUCUCAAAAGUCUUUGGAUAUCGUUGGAAAAUUUAAUUAUUUUAUUGACUAUGAAAAAUCAUCUAGUGACUUUUGGGACGCAUUGUACUUGAUUGAUCUGUGUUUGUAAACAGGAAAGUGUUAAAAUAUUGAUUCAAAUCGUCGAUUUCGAUUAUUUUUGGGAUGUGUGGUAGUCACGUUUAUUGAAACUUUGCUGUGAUUUAAAAUAUUUUGAGAUUGACAUUUCUUUCAAGAAAAUUAUGCAGCUUCGAUGAGAAUCGAAUUCGAAUUGUAUAUAGAGAUUCAAAAACGUACACAUUUUUUGUUGUUGGAAAAAUCAUCAUAACUCAUGCUAAUUAAUUAAUAUAGUACACGAUCUGAUCAUGAAAAUUAUAUGGAAUUUUCUCGUGGAAAAUAACGCUUAUUGUAAUCAAUUUGUAGCCAAAGAUACAGUUUAAUCAAUGGCAAUCAGUUAAAGGAAAUUUUACUGCAAUUUUUUACCGCUAGAGCUUGCAUUGUCUUAUAACGUAAUUAGGAAGUGACGUAACCGUAUUGUAAUCUAAUUAAGGAUUAAGGUAUAAUUCCUGUAAUAGAAUUGAAGGAAUAAAGUUCGAAAAAUGGGUGCUUUUGGGAUCGCUGAACACGAAUAUCGUGACGGAAUCGGUCUUAGAGAAUGACGAAUGAUCUAUGACGAAUUUCUCGAAAACUUCAGGAGGCGACGGGGAUACUCUUGCACCCGGUACUUCUGACACUAAUUCUAUCAAGAUAUUCGUGUUCAGCGACCCCAGAAACCCUCGUGUUACGAGUUUGGACCCUUUUCCAGUUGAUUAACGUUAUACUUCAAUACUGUAAUUUAAGCUUUUCUUUGCAGUAAAAUUACCUUAAAUUUUGUUUAGUUUAAAAAAAAAAAAACAUGGGCGAUGAUUUUUAUAAUCUCCUCCCAAGAAAAAUCCCUCUUUCAAAGAGAAAACUUUGUAAAAUUUGGCUAAG